GUUUUUUUCUCUACAUUUAUUUGACAGGUUAUUUUCUUAUCGACUAGCUUUCGAUUUUAGUCUGUUUAUUCCUUUCCCUUCACAUAAACCCUUUCGCGCGCUAACCAAACGUUAUUGUCGAUGUCGUCAGCAGCUCCAAAGGCCUUCCCGAAGACUCUUCACCAGUUUCGUAAUUUUUCCUACUUCGUUGUUGCCUGGUUAGGGCUUAGAAAAGGCUACAUCGAAAAGCAAACCAAUAACACCGCCUGGCGAGUCCACAGAGAUAAGAUACGCCAGCAAAAAAUCGACCGCGAAAACGCCCUUUCUUCCUUAAAAGAACGUCCGAGCUCCUCCGAUGGAAUCCCAUCGGUAAUUCCAAAAGACCUUCGCGGGGUUUACAAAGACGUGGCUAAAAGUCUGGGGUGAAAAAAAAAGAAACAAACAAACUAGACGAAAGCUCGUACUGGACGGGCGAAGGGUAAUAGUGGAAAUCCACAAUUAGAGGAAAAAAGAAGAAGAGGAAUACGAAGAAAAAAAAGGUGGACGCUGUCGCUAAAUAGUUGUAGUUUAUUAUACUCCAUGGGGAGAUUUUUGUAUUCAACCCACUCGUGCGCACCCUGGAGAGCUGAGGACUUCCCAACACUGAUUGGACUUAAAGAAACCAUGCACCGCGUAAUCUAAGCUUAGAUAGCGAAAAUGUAGUAGGAGGUAGAUUCUUUUGAUGAAUGGUUAUAUAUCUUUCUUUCUAUAUUGCUCAUAAACAGUGGAAUAAA